AUGGAAUCAAGACAAAACUUUGAUAUAGACUGCGAACACUCGAUCAACGUCCAAAUCAACAAUGAACUGUUCGCGAGCUACACCUAUUUGGCUAUGGUAAAUCUAUAGUAACAUACACUUUUUAUCGCUUAACGUUGCUUUAAAGAAAACGUUAUUUUUAAGUAAAAAACAAUUUUUAAUCUUGUAAUUACUUUAAUUUUAGGCCAACUACUUCAGAAGGACUAAUGUGGCAUUGUAUGGUGCUGGAGCGUUCUUCCACAACCAGCAUCUAGACGAACUGACUCAUGCCUACAAACUGAUCGAGUACAUGACUGACAGAGGAGGAGUUGUCAAGCUGGCACAGCUUUCGGCUCCACAAAAUCAGGAAUGGGCUUCAUUGUUAGCGGCCUUCAAAGACGCUGUCGAUCUCGAGAGGAACAACAACACCUCGUUGAUGAGACUUCACGAGAUCGCUUCCAACAAGCAGGAUUCUGAUGUAAGCUAUCUACCUAACUAA